AUGGCGAUGGCAAAUCUCUAUUUCCGGAUCCUGUAUUGCACAUCACGUCCCAUAAUGCUGCCGGCCAAGCAGUUUUUGCUUUAUACGACGUCUGAGUUUCCAUCCGACCUCAACGAUGACAAGGACAUCAAGUUACAUGAAGAAAUGAAAGCGUCGGGCAAAUUAAACAUCGUUCAACCCCACGGAACUGUCAUCCGUAUCGUCAACUUCGGACCUCACAACACGGCGCUUAUGCAUCGUACGCAGAGCCUGGAUUAUGGCGUUGUGCUGGAGGGUAGCAUCAUUAUGGAGUUAGAUGAUGGCAGUAGGACGCUCAUGAAGAAGGGUGACGUCGCUGUUAAACGAGGAACAAUGCAUGCUUGGAAGAAUUCCAGUAAGACCGAAUGGGCUCGAAUGUUGUUCGUCCUGCAGGACUGCCAGCCUCUUUUGGUGGGUGGUCAGAGAUUCAAGGAAGAUCUUGGUCAUGGCUACAGCGUGUUUCCGGAGAGUGGGAAUGACAUAUAA